AGUACGUUGUGACACCCCCAUGAGGUCAGGUUUCUGCUCAAAUAUCGUGCGUGCAAGUGAGAGAAGUUAUUCUUAAAUGCGCUUUUCCAUCUUCUGUCCGUGUUCCGUUCCCUUGUUAAGUGUGCCAUAUGGUCACACAACAUGCAGCCUUGGGUACAAGCACGCCAUGAGAGAAAAUUCUGAAUCGUAACUGACUUCUGUUUGUAAAGAGCAAGUCAUAUCCGGGUUGUCCAAAACCAGCAACGUUACAAAUGGACACGCUAUAACGAGCAGAACACAUUUGAAGCCAUGCUUAUGUAGUUCACUGAUACACAGCAUCCCUGCAGUUUUGGAGUGUUUGUGUAUUUUAUUUUGUUUUUAAGGCUUAUCGUUAUUAAGGAUUAAGCAGACACAUGGCACUAGACUCUGCCAAAACUGGGAAGGUGAGAAGCCAGCAGAACAGAAGAUCACUGUGAAAAGGAUGAGAGAAAUAGACGAGCAUCACCUGGAUGGUCCCAGGUGAGGAAAUAGAAGCUGUCCAAGGUGAGUCAGCAGCACGGAGAAGCAGUUUGAGCAGUUGGCUGAUGCUCUAAGAGAGACAGGGGAAGAGGGAGCUGAUUAAUUUGACAUUUUUCUUCCUGUUACCUCGUGAGAAAAAGCAAGUGAUAAUGCGGGAUCACACGUCCGGUGCUAACGUGGAGGAGCGCCUGAGGCAGUCUCAUAUGGAGUUACAGUGGAUCCAGAGACAGCUGGCCAUGAUCGCUGCCAGAAACCUACACCAUCACCACCUGCACACCAAGGGCAAGGCAAGAUUUGAAGUUUCAUCCCAGCAAACUACAGCACAAUCAGUCUACAAUGUGAACCGCUUUCGAUUGCUGGAGGAGAGAAACCGAGCUCUGAAGCUUGAGGUAGCCACGCUUCGCCAAGAGAAACAGCAGUAUAGGAAACUGAGAGCAAAGCUCCAUGCUGCCUUGCAGGAGAAAAAUCAUCUGAACCUUGAGCUGAUCAACCACCACCUGAAGACGUCCAAGUAUGACCAGGUGCGAUCCGACUAUGACCAGCUGAGACAGAGCUUUGCUGUAGUGAGCCAGGAGAGAGACGUGGCCCAGCAGCAGAGGAGCCAACUCCAAGACAAAGUGGAAGACCUGGAACAGGUUCUAAAGCGUAUGCACCAGGCUGUAGAGCUGAAGCAGCAGCUGCAGAUAGAGCAUGAACGAGCCUUGGUGGCCCUUCACACCAAGCAGAAGGAGAUCAACCAACUGCAAAAGGUCAAGGUUCGUGACCUGGAGCAGAGAUGCAGGUCACGGAGUGAGCACUACCACCAGCUGUCCAACGAGCUGCUGAAUUUCCAUUUGCAAUCAGAUACUGUGGACAUCCUAAAAAUUAAUCCUGCUUCCACAUCCCAGAUCCUUCUCUCACCAGAGAAGAAACUCUCACAAGUCAUCGUUGAAUUUGAAACCCAGAAACAGACAGGCGAUGAGAGCGCGGCACACACGCCGCUACUGAUCUCCCAGUUCUUGCCCUGCACACCACAGACUGGAGACAGAGAAAGACUGCUGUCUGUCAAAUCCAGCACCGUGACAACAGACCGCCCCAGAAGCCCUCGACAGCGGACCCCCUCAGAGAUGGAGGAUGAGGCCAGCCCAUCACCCAGGUCCAAGCCUCGCUACACUGGCCAGGUCCGCCUUUGCACUGCCCGAUACAGUUAUAACCCUUACGAUGGACCAAAUGAGCAUCCUGAGGCAGAACUUCCCCUUGUGGCUGGAAAAUAUCUGUACGUGUACGGAAACAUGGAUGAUGACGGCUUCUAUCAAGGGGAGCUGCUAGAUGGCCAGCGAGGACUUGUUCCGUCCAACUUUGUGGAGUUUGUCCAGGACAAGGAAAAGCUAGCGAUUCAGUCUGGGGAGGGAGGAGAAGACCUGGGCCCACUGGACCAUAUGCCCCUGGCCUUGAUGACAGUGGAUGGAGGUGCCUCACAGGAUGGUCUCCUGGGCUCAUCUAACGCCUUGGUUCCCUGUAGCAAUGGGACAGGGGGGCCCCUGGACCCUGAGGACCUGGCUGAAGACGUUGUGCCUUAUCCCCGAAAGAUCAACUUGAUCAAGCAGCUGGCACGGAGCGUCAUUGUGGCCUGGGAGCCUCCACUAGUGCCUUUGGGCUGGGGGAACAUCUCUGGCUACAACGUGUUAGUAGACGGGGAGCUUCGUGCCAGCAUAGCGUACGGUGGCCGGACCAAGUGUUUGCUGGAGAAGCUGGACCUGGACGGCUGCGUUCAUCGCGUGUCGGUGCAGAGUGUCACGGACCGGGGCCUGUCAGACGAGCUGCGCUGCACCUUGCUGGUGGGAGCCAACGUGGUGGUGGCGCCGUGCGGCCUUCGGGUGGACGACAUCCAGCGCGACACUGCUGAGCUCUCCUGGUUGCCUAGCAACAGUAACUAUGGUCACACCGUGUUCUUGGACGGGGUAGAGCAUGCAGUGGUAAAGCCAGGAAGGUAUAUACUACGCUUUAUCAACCUGAAGCCCCUGACGGUGUACAAAGUGACGGUGGUGGCACAGCCGCACCAGGUGCCAUGGCAACUGCCUCUGGAGCAGAGAGAGAGGAAAGAAGCCGGUGUGGAGUUCUGCACUCAGGCUGCAGGCCCUCCCCAGCCUCCCCAGGAUGUACAGGUGCUCUGUGGGCAGGCUCCAGGGGUCCUACAGGUCCGCUGGAAGCCCCCCAUCCUCUCUCCCAUGGGCACAUCCAAUGGGGCAAAUGUCGUUGGCUAUGCAGUCUGCACUAAAGGACAGAGGAUAGCUGAGGUGUUGUUCCCAAUGGCAGACUAUGUUACUGUCGAGCUGACAAGGAUUCAGUGCCUGGAGGCCAGGGAAGUCAUCGUCAGGACACUAUCAGUACAGGGAGAAUCCCAGGACUCCCAAGUUGCCGUCAUUCCAAACAACCUCCUUGCCCCCCUCCGCACUCCCAUGUUCAACCCCACCUCCAAUCCCCUCACCAUCCUCAUGCCACACCCCAACUCCCCGCUCCACCCCAUGCACACGGACAACCACUCCAACCCCAUCCUCCUCACCCUCAACCCCAUCCCAGAAAUCCCCACCCAGGUGGACCCCCGCAACCCCAGCUUCGACCCCCACGUCCUCAGCCCCUACACCUUCAGCCUCACCCUUCCCAACAAGAGACCAGUAUGUGCCAGAGACCUGGAUGCCAAAGAGCAUGCGGCCCACCACGGGGGAGCUUUUCCUCCUGGCCAGCCUGGCUGGGACCCCACACGCUCUCCCUCUUCCCAGCCUCCUGUGCCCAUGCAAGGCCACACCCUUGAGGCCCCUCCCCCUGCCAAUCCACGCUCCCCCUCCCCCCAGAGGAUUCUUCCACAGCCUCGAGGCACACUCAUCCCGGACACGGUGGCCAAAGCCAUCGCCCGAGAAGCAGCGCAAAGGGUGGCAGCAGAAAGUGGCAAGGGGGACAGGAGGCAGGGCAAAUACGUAGAGCAGGGUCGUUCAUUUCACCAGCAUCACUCUGAUGAGGAAGAGGAAGACGAAGAAGGGUUUGCGGGCGGCCGUCGGAGAGGACCCUCAGUUGAUGAGUUCCUCAGAGGCUCUGAGCUUGGGAGGCCGCCUCACUAUGGUCACAAUGAAGAUUAUCACAGCGAAAGCAGCCGGGGCUCUGACCUGUCUGACAUCAUUGAAGAGGAUGAGGAGGAGCUGUACUCUGAGAUGCAGCUGGAAGAGGGACGUCGACGCAACUCGCACAACACACCCAAGGCCAACACUACUGCUGGAGGCCGUCAUGACCGGGAGACUGGGCGAAGAACUCAUCAUGGCGGUUCCCAGCCUCAGAGACGACCUCUAAUGGUCCCCUCCAUUGAUGACUACAGGGAUCGGGAUCGCCGCUCUCCCACCUACUAUGAUGAGUCAGAGGCCGAGGAGUCUUUCCGGAUCUUUGUGGCCCUCUUUGACUACGAUCCUCUGUCCAUGUCUCCCAACCCAGAUGCAGCUGAUGAGGAGCUGCCCUUCAAAGAGGGGCAGAUCAUUAGGGUGUACGGUGAUAAAGAUACAGAUGGGUUUUACAGAGGAGAAGUGAGGGGCAGGAUGGGGCUGAUCCCCUGUAACAUGGUCUCAGAGAUCCGAGCGGAGGACGAGGAGACCAUGGACCAGCUCAUCAAACAGGGCUUUCUGCCACUCAGCACCCCUGUGGACAAAAUAGAGCAGAACAGAAGAGGCCUCCGUCGAGACCAGGCCUCGAGGAGGAUGGUGGCUCUGUACGACUACGAUCCCCGAGAGAGCUCCCCCAAUGUUGAUGUCGAGGCUGAACUGACCUUCUGUGCUGGUGACAUCGUGGCUGUGUUUGGCGAUAUUGAUGAAGACGGAUUCUAUUACGGUGAGAUCAACGGCCACCGUGGUCUGGUUCCCUCUAACUUCCUGGAAGAAGUGCCUGAUGACGUGGAGGUGUAUCUGACCGAUACUCCGUCCCACUACCCCCAGGAAGAGCCUGCCAACCGGCCGCCUGCCAACUCUGCCGCCACCGUCUCAGAGGGCAAACGGGUACAUCAUCAUCGCCGCUCUCAGCGCUAGGCCCUGUGUUCAUCCAUCCUCCGUCCUCUCUCUUGAUUUCCGUCUCUCGCUUCCUCCACUUGCCGUCUGUGUGCUGUCCAUUGUGUGUGUUUGUCCAUGUGGUGACAGUGGUGACUCUAUACAAACUAACAAGCCCUCCCCCUCCCCCCUCCCCGUUUGGAAAAGGGGACAAAAAUCCAGUGUUAACACCUUUCUGAGUCUCAGAGAAAGGAAGAAGCAAAGCCUGACAUGGACAGAGAGAGGAUAGACUGUGGAAGCUCUGCGGGUAAUUUAUGCAUGUAGCACUGGUUAUGGAGGACUUGAAAAAGGCUCGACUCAUUCCUUACACAAGAUAAUUUGGUACCUCUUUGCACUGGAACACAAAAUCAAAUGGUGGUUAUUGUGUAUAAUAAUAAGUGCUUUAUUAACACAUAACAAUGGCUACCCAAUGACACGGAAAUAAAUAAUUUGAGAGAAAACUUUAAAGAUGAAAAAGAGUGCGAAGCAUGCCUUUUUCAAACUUGAUACAUUUUAUAAUAACUUUCUUGGCUCGACUGCUGUAUUUCCUUAAAGAGGCUUUGUUUCUUUAUGUAUAUUGCACACACAUCAAAUCUAUUUUUCAGCCCUGUUGACAGCGGAUAUGCCAUGUUUGCUUUGAGCUCGAGAGACAAAACUAA